AUGAUCAAGAUUGUCAUUCUCUCUUCUGUCGCCGUUUUGGCUGUAUUCGCUGGAUACGACGUCCCAGCUGUCGCUAGCGCCCCAAGCAGCUACGGAGCUGCUCAAGGAUAUGAGCAAGCUGCUUAUGCUCCACGUUACGUUCAAGCUCUUCCAACUUUACCUAGUUAUCAUAGCUAUCUCUACCCCAAACGUAGACACUCACACAGCUCAAGCAGCUCAGAAGAGCGCAACAGAAAACGUUGUCAACCACCUUUCGAUCUCUGCAAGGUGUCCACUGGAUGUGUUUCUNAAUACGGUUAA